GUCCCGAACCGGUUCGGUCCCGGUUUGGCGGGAAAAGCGCGCCCCUUUCCCGCCAUUUUCCUGCCCCUUCCCCCCCUUAUUCGGCCUCGUAGAUUCGUCUCCACUACACUUCUCCUCUCAAAGAAGCCAUUUUUAAGCAAAUUUACGUGGAUUCGGUCAAAUCAUGGCGAAAGAGCGGAUUCCUAACGAAGGAGAUGAGAUGCAAAUUGAUGGUGGAGUUUGCGAGGAACGAGUGGCGAGAGCCAUUCCCGAAGGAUUCAACCCAGAUUAUCUCAAAAUUUACUACGGAAAGCUCUUCCCGUAUGCCGAUAUGUUUAAAUGGCUGUCCUACGGAAAUGAUGGAAAGCAUCCAGCAUGCGAUCACUCCUACUUUGGUCGGCGUGAAUUCUCUUUUACUCUCGAGAAUGACAUCUACAUCCGGUUCCAGUCAUUUGGCAGUGCAAAGGAAAUGGAAAACUCGAUCAAGGAGAAGUGCCCUUUUAAGAUCGACAUUGGACCAGUUUAUAGCGUAGAUCCUGCAAAACGGCAUGCCUAUGCACAAGGUGGAAAUAAUGUUUUUGCACCAGUAGAAAGAGAGCUUGUUUUUGACAUUGAUAUGUCAGAUUAUGAUGAUGUUCGAUACUGCUGCUCAGGAGCUGAUGUCUGCCUAGAGUGCUGGCCUUUAAUGACCAUUGCGAUCAAAGUUAUUGAUACUGCACUUAGAGAUGAUUUUGGCUUCAACCAUAUCUUAUGGGUCUACAGUGGUCGCCGUGGUGUCCAUUGUUGGGUUUGCGACAGCAAAGCUAGAAGGCUCAACAAUGAGCACAGGGCGGCAGUUACUGAUUACUUUCAUGUUUAUAAGGGUGGUGAAAAUAGUUUGAAGAAAGUGACCUUAGCAGGACCGGUUCUCUAUCCUUUUCUAGCGAGGUCGUAUACAGAUGUCCUUAAGUCCUUUUUUGAAGAGAAACUACUUCGUAGCCAGAACCUGCUAGCUUCUGAAGAGAGAUGCCAGAAGAUUUUGGGAUUCAUACCUGAUGAAUCUGUUGCUGCGGAGCUUCUUGACAAGUGGCAAGGAAAUAGAAGAUCUUCCAUUUCCAAGGAAGAUGUUAAUGUUGUUCGAUGGGACCAAUUAAAGCAUAUGCUGCAGUCGGGAAAGCAAAAGAUACAGGGGCUCCGUCGGUGUGUAGAAGAGAUUGUUUUCUCAUAUACCUACCCUAGACUUGACAUGGAGGUCUCGAAACACAUGAAUCAUUUAUUAAAGGCACCAUUCUGUGUGCACCCUAAAACAGGCCGCGUUUGUGUUCCAAUUGAUCCAAACAACUGUGAGGAUUUUGAUCCAACAACAGUCCCAACCCUGUCUCAUCUUCUCGAAGAGAUUAAUGAGGGUUCUAUGAUGAUGGAAUCAAACAAUGAAUGGGAAAGAUCGUCACUUGGGAAAUCAAUCGAGUUUUUCCGAUCAUCAUUCUUGCAGCCGCUGUUGAAGUCUUGCAAAGAGGAAAUGGAAAGUGCAUACAGUGCUAAGAUCAAGCAGUCUAAGAAUUCUUUGAGCUGGUAAAAUGAGCAUUUCAAGCUUCAUGAAUCAUCACUGGGAAAAGUGAAGUGCCCGAAACGAAAAGAUGAUACAGCAUGUUUUUGCGACGAGGAUCAACCUUACCGAUAAUCUAUUUAGAUUAUACUGUACCCUAAAAAAAACAAAGAGACUAAAACUGCUAAUUCCUAAUUGAUGUCCUAAAGUUGUAUAUAUUGUCACCCAGUGGGGGUGCUCUGUGUUAAACUUGUUGGUUGGUUGGAAGAAAUUCUUAUGUUCUAUUAGGUUUUCAGUAAGCCAAUGUGCUGUGUUGCAAUUUUAAGGCCUAGUUUGGUACCACCACUUUUCAUAUUUGUAUUUUUCAGCAAAAAUUGUUUGUUUCAAACAGCACAAUUUGGUCUCAAA